AUGCAAAGCCCAGGAGGCUGCAAAAUCAAAGCCCUGCGCGCCAAGACCAACACAUACAUCAAGACGCCGGUCAGGGGCGAGGAGCCCGUAUUCAUCGUCACCGGGCGGAAAGAGGAUGUGGAGAUGGCAAAAAGGGAGAUUCUCUCGGCUGCCGAGCACUUCUCCAUGAUCCGGGCGACACGCAACAAAGUGAACGGGCUGACAGGAGCCAUGCAAGGGCCCCCCAACCUGCCGGGACAGACCACCAUCCAGGUGAGGGUCCCGUACCGCGUUGUGGGGCUGGUCGUGGGGCCCAAGGGAGCCACCAUCAAGCGGAUCCAGCAGCAGACGCACACCUACAUCGUGACGCCCAGCCGGGACAAGGAGCCCGUCUUCGAGGUGACGGGCAUGCCUGAGAACGUGGACCGAGCUCGGGAGGAGAUCGAGGCACACAUCACCAUGCGGACAGGCUCCUUCAUCGAUGUCAACGCCGACAACGACUUCCACUCCAACGGCACCGACGUGUGCCUUGACCUGCAGGGCAGCACGGCCAGCUUGUGGGCUAAAGCCCCCAACCCUGCCCGGCGGCCCUCGUCCAGCCUCCGCAAUGACAGCCUGAGCUCCCUGGGCAGCACCUCCACUGAGUCCUACUACAGCGGGCGGGUGGCGGAUGCCAGCCCCACUAGCCCCUACAGCACCAGCAGCGGCUUCACCUUCAGCGAGCCCCAGGCACCGCUGAGCUCGGAGGAGUGCGACUUCGGCUUCGACUUCCUGGCCCUCGACCUCACGACGCCCACCACCAUCUGGUCACCCUUUGAGCGCUCUGGCAACCCCUUGCAGGCCUUCAGCAGCUGCUCCUCCAUCAACAGCUCGCAGCGCCGCAAUAGCGGCACAGCCACGCCGCGCCACUCGCCCACCCUCCCCGAGAGCGGUGUGGCCCUGGACCACCCCUUAGCCCGCCGCAUCCAGAGCGACCCCGUCAGCACCUUGUCCUGGCUGCCCACCCAAGGCUCGCUCUCAUCCUUCUCCAACAGCACGGGCUACUCCUCCUCUUCCUCUCUGCCUGGCAGCAUCUCGGCCGCCUCGGGCUCACCCACCGACUCCAGCAGCUCUGACGGGCACCGCAAGAGCUCCCGCGAGUGCAUGGUGUGCUUUGAGAGCGAGGUGAUCGCUGCCCUGGUGCCCUGUGGCCACAACCUCUUCUGCAUGGAGUGCGCCAUGCGCAUCUGCGGCAAAGCCGAGCCCGAGUGUCCUGCCUGCCACACUCCUGCCACCCAAGCCAUCCACAUCUUCUCAUAGCCACCCGCCUGCUGCCGGGGCGGCCGGCCCUCCCCCUCUACUCCCUACAACGCAGCUUUUUAAGGACUUUUAACUGUUUAAAUCAACCUUUUUAUUUAACGGAUCAGACUGGGGACAUGGGGCGGGAGGGGGAAAAGAGAUGAUAUUUCUUGCUGGAUAGA